AUGGAUUUCUGUAAUGGCUGUAUCCAAGGCGUACGUCACGGCGAGCAUUUAGUGGCUUCGUUAGGAACACUCAAGACCAUUGCUGGUGUCACUUGCUACGUCGCCACUCCCACUGUCGAUUAUGCCAAGGACAAAGUUAUCCUCCUCCUACCGGACGGCUUCGGUAUGACUAUCAAUGCUCAGGGGUACAAACCCCACAACAGCUCCUCGCUGAUGACUUUGUCAGAAACGGCUUCAAGGUUUGCACAAACCAUAGUCGUCGCGAUCGACUAUUUCAAUGGCGAUGGUAUUCCCGGUGAUAGGCUCUUCAAGGUGAAGGAUAACUUGAAAUCAUUGGACUUCUGGGGAUGGCAAGCCGCUACCGUCAAGGCCACCCGCCCCUCACUCGACAAGGUCAUCGCUGCGCUCAAAGAGGAAGGUGUUACCAAGUUUGGGGCCACGGGUCACUGUUUCGGUUGUCGUCACACCUUUGACCUCGCAUUCGACAACAUUAUCCAAUGUACCGUCGUCUCCCACAUCUCGCUUUUGAAUCUCCCCGACGACCUGGAGACAUACUUUUCCAGAUCAGCAGCGCCUCUCCUGAUCGACUCAUGCGAGCAUGAUAGGUUGUUUUGUGCAGAAGCUCAAACAAAGGCCGAUGCGAUUUUUGGCGAUGGAAAGUUUGCUCCGGGAUACAGGUCCGAGUGCUUUCCUAGAUGCACACAUGGGUUUACUGUCCUUGGUGAUUUGAGCAAUCCACUGGUCAAGGCUGGGAAGCAAGGAUCGUCCCUGGCUAGUGUGGAGUUCUUCCUGGAGCACCUGUGA